AUGGAAGUGUCGCCAGCAUGCGUUGAGGCGACGACGACAUUGUUGGCCGUUUUCCGCUUCCAUGUAGGUUUCUGCUUCCUUUUGGUCAUGAUGUUCUUGCAGGAUCUUUACUUGUGUCCGGAAUAUCCGCAGAUAUGACAACGAUUGUGCCAGACCUCGAAGGUACAAAAAUGUUCGGGAUACGUAUACGAAAUCGGGUAAGCGCGCUUACAGCGAGCUCAUCGCGAACUCUGCUGCUUUGGCUGGAGAAGCUGGAGCGGUCGAACAUUGACUUCACUAUGCAAGUUCCUUUUACCUUCGUAUCCACUAAUUACACCACACACACGUCAGAGUACAUGGAAGCAAAGCAAUACUACUAUCACCAGCCAGCUUACCUUGAUUCGUAAGAGUGGGUGUAGGCGGGCCCCAGGGGUUAUCAUGUGA